AGAGCAAAGCUGAGUGGCCCAGAGUGGCCAAAGCAUGACGGAGGUUUCUUGGACCAGAUGGGACUUCAGCAGCUUGGACACAGCGGGUUCCAAAUCGGUUGAUGGUGCAAUCCAAGAUCCGAUUGGCUAUCGGUUGACGAUGGAUGAUGGUAACGCUGCUGGCAAGAACAAAUCAAAAACUGCCAAUCAGGAACUGUUGGAGAAAAAGGCAUGGGAAGUUGCUGUGGCUCCGAUUCAAUCAGUUGGGAUGAACUUCUUCUUCCUCUGGAUGAGCGGGUCUUCUCCAGGCAUUUUCACGAUUAUGAUCCUAGGGUACUGCCUCACAUCAAUAGUUGGUCAAUUCGCCAAAGCAAACGCAGCUUUCCAGAACUUCAAGACUAUUGACACAACCUUGCAGUGGCUUGCCUACCUGGCGCUGUGUUCGGUGUCUUUGGCCUACCUUUUGUACCACAUGGCUGGGAUGGGCCUUCUGCCAAAUUCCUCCGGAGACUGGAUAGCGUUGAUUCCAAAUGUCGAAGUUAUCGAAACUGCAGGUGGCAUCGUAAAGUGAGUGUGAAGUGCAGCCUCAGGUGCCCCAGUUUCACAGCAUUCAUGCAUUAGUUACUCAUAAGUUGGUAUGUAUUCA